AUGGACAGAACCUUGGAAUCUCUGAGACACAUCAUUGCCCAAGUCUUGCCUCACAGAGAUCCGGCUCUAGUCUUCAAAGACUUGAACGUUGUGUCAAUGUUACAGGAAUUUUGGGAAAGCAAGCAGCAGCAGAGGGCUGCAUUCCCAAGUGAAGGCGUGGUGGUCUAUGAGUCACUGCCAGCUCCUGGGCCUCCCUUUGUGAGUUACGUGACCCUCCCAGGGGGAAGCUGUUUUGGCAACUUUCAGCAUGAAGAUGCUUUGGAUUUAAACGAUUUAAAUGGCCGAGAGGCUGAUAGUGAUGAGUGCCCAUGGAGACGAGCUGCACACACAGCAUGUUCAGGAGCUAAAGGUGAAGGGAUUUCAUUAGGAGAAAGUUGGGAUGAUACUUUCAUGCCUAAUCAAGUCUCUUUACCUUCACCUUUACCAGUGGUCAGCCCUGACUUUAGCUACUGGGUGGGGAACACAGGAGGAAGUGGAGCUGGAGUCCAGGAUCCUAGACACUUAUCCCUGGGUCCACAGGAGCCUAUAGGAGAGAGGCCAUCAACUCCUGCGCUCUCCAAAAGGUGUGGGCUCCAGGGACAGUUCAGUAUUCAUGGGACUUGUCCCUCUAUCUGCAACCCCAGGAACCAUGCCAAACCAGAACUUGAAAAAUGGGAGUUGCAAGGAAAUGAUGGUGCUGAUAGUCUGAAUGCUAUGCUCAGCCCUGGCCCUUGGAUUUGGAAACCAUGGGAGCUGAUGACCAUUUUCCAACUAUUGCACUGGAAUGGAAGCCUAAAAGCCCUUCGUGAAACAAAGUGUUCCCGACAGGAAGUCAUCUCCUACUAUUCUCAGUAUUCUCUAGAUGAAAAGAUGCGCAGCCACAUGGCCCUAGACUGGAUCAUGAAGGAGCGGGAGUCACCAGGAAUUGUCUCUCAAGAGCUACGAAUGGCUCUGAGGCAGUUGGAGGAAGCCAGGAAAGCAGGACAAGAACUACGGUUUUACAAAGAAAAGAAAGAAAUCUUGAGCUUAGCCCUGACUCAGAUCUGCAGUGACCCUGACACUUCCUCACCCAGUGAUGACCAGCUGAGUCUUACAGCCCUGUGUGGCUAUCACUAGCAAGGCCAAGCCCCGGGUGCCCUUAGAGAUGGCAGAGGCCAGACCCUGACAUUAGGAAUCUCAGUGCAGAGGUCCUCAGAGGCUCUGGCAUCUCUAGUUACUACUGGAAGGUUCUCCUAACCCU